AUGCAAAAAUACAUUAUCCUUUCCUUCUGGGCUUUUGUUAGCCUUCUCAGCUCCGUGUCUUCAAAAACCCUCCCAAUUCAAAGGAUUGGUCGAUAUCUUUAUGACUCCCAAGGAGUCCGAUUUUACAUCAAGGGGGUCGCUUUUCAAAAACCUGGCGCUCUCAAUCCCAGCUCAGCCGAACACAGCGCUAAUGGCGGCUUUCCUGAACCGUCCAAUUUCAUUGACUCCCUCGCGGAUAACACCGCCUGUCGCAGCGCAAUCAAAAAUUUCAAAGAGUUAGCAAUCAAUACUAUACGUGUUUACUCCAUCGAUCCAACGAAAAACCACACCGAAUGCAUGAAUGCCCUCGACGAAGCUGGGAUCUACGUAAUAGCUGACACAAGCUUGCCACUAAAUGGUUCCAUCAACCGAGCUUCACCCUCCUGGGAUGUUUCUCUGAUGGAGAAGUACUUUCGACAAAUUGACAAUCUUAAAUCAUUUCCAAACCUCUUGGCAUUCAACAUCGGAAAUGAGAUUGUGACUAAGGAGGAAAAUAUGAAUGCAGCACCUUUCAUAAAAGCCUCUGUGAGGGAAACCAAAGCUUACCUGAAAAGGGUAAAUUCUAGCGCUCUAGUAUCAUAUGCCUCGACAGAUGGCGGUGCCUAUACCAUUGACCUGGCGUAUUAUUUGACUUGUGGUGAACCAGAAAUUUCUUUGGAUUUAUAUGGCAUAAAUGUCUAUAGGUGGUGCGGUGACAGCAACUUUCAGAGCUCCGGUUAUGCGGCGUUCAACGACAACUUCAAAGCCCUGCCCACUGCACUGUACAUGUCCGAGUUUGGCUGCAAUACCGCCCCAAAGAGACUUUGGACUGAAGUACUGGCUAUAUAUUCGCCUUUAAUGAGUGACGUAUGGUCAGGAGGUAGUGCAUUUAGCUAUUUUCCUUCUUUGCAGGGCUUUGGUUUGACUACAACAUCCAACGGAAGUGAUCCACAGACCAAUGAUGAUUUCAAAAGACUCUCUCAGCAAUACUCUAAAGCGAAAGGGCCAAAUUCUCCUACAAUAGCGACUGCCAAGAACAUGAAUACAACUUCAAUAUGCAAAAACACGCAAGGAAGAGUUCGUCUCGCAACUGAUGCUAACUUACCCCCCACGCCCAACCUAGACGCAUGUACAUGUGUGGACAAUACGGUAUUUUCCUGUCAGGUUAAGCCGGACCGAAGUCCCGCUAUAAUAGGGGAGCUUUUAGACUUUGCCUGCGGUCAACUCGGUGGAGAUGGGAUAUAUAAGGUUGGAAAAGGCUGCGAUGCGAUUGCUUCCAAGCUAACUACGAGGGUCAAGGAUCCGCCCGGAAUUCUUUCAACAUGCUCCCCUCAAACAAAGCUCAACUACGCCUUGUCGCAAUACUAUCGCAGUCAAGGUAGUUCGGCUCUUUCCUGUGAUUUUUAUGGAAACGCGACAAUUGAAAAUGAAAAGGAUAAGCCUAAGUCAGGUACUGAGAUUGAGCAGGCAAUCGCCAGGUGUUUCCAAGCUCAUUCUCCCACAUUGAAUCGGACUUUGACUCCACAACCUUCGUCCGCGACAUCGGGCAAGAGCAGUACUGGAGCUAAUCCAAGGAUCAUAGGUGGCAAGCAGAUCUCUUCAUCUCGGGAGGGGGCUAAAAUUUCAAGCGCGAAUCAUGAUGGUGAGUCCUUUUCCGAUACAAAAAAUGUGUAUUGGUAUGAAUUGAUAAACAAACUCUGCCCAUGUCCCAGGUGCCACGAAGCAAAUCUAUAUAAUUUCUUUGGUGUUGGUGGUUCUUUCUGCUUAUGGAAUGCCCAUAAUAUGAGCUGUUGCAUUCCAACCCUGGCUUAA